AUGGAGACCAGAAGUGGACCAGCGGCGUGGCUGGUGGUGAUGGUGGUGAUCGCAACCGCCGUGUUGAAGGGCACAGGGGUGGCCGGUGAGGUGCUGGUCCUGGCGGGCGGGGAGGUCAAGGACUGGACCCACUUCGACUCCCUCUUCGGACCCAGCUUCGUCCUGGCCGACUACACGGAGGCCGACCACCCCGAUGACGGCCUGGCGCUGGCCAGCGAGUGCUACGAGUACGAGGUGCGGGUGGAGGUCUUCUUCGGGCUCGAUGUCAAGUGCGGCGGCGGCGGGCUGGCCGGGGUGGCGACCCAGAUCGCCGACCGGGAGUUCGAGGCCUUUCUGGACCGGGAGGUGACGCCCCGCUUCCCGCAGGGGUUCUCGGUGAUGGACGUCCCGCUGGGCCAGUGGUACAGCCCGGCGCGGCGGGCCAUCACCAAGGAGCGCAGCAAGAUGAUGCUGCUCCUCAUGCCCGACACGCGGGAGAACGACCGCAAGCUGCGGGCCAUCGCCCACAGCUACACCACCACGUUCCACCAGGAGACCGUCAUGAUCUCCAAGUCGCCCCUGUUCUCCUACUGCUUCGUCGGAGCUUCGUCGAAGAUGUGA